CACACAUAAAAAGCCCACAGCAAUGCCACGUCAUAUUCUCCAAACGAAAUGACCGCCACUCAACUUUCCCACCAAAUCUUGCACCUACACCACCCAAUUCCCACCGUCUCCUCCCGGCGACUGACCACCAAAUUCAACACCCCCUCCAAAUUAUCAUUUAGAACUAAUCAGAACUCCAAAUGGAUUCUCCGGCUUAGUCCAGUGGAGCAGAACCCACCUGCAUCACAACAAUCAACUACAGUUGAUGUUAAAAAAUUGGUGAAUUUCUUGUAUGAUGAUCUUCCUCAUCUGUUUGAUGAUCAGGGUAUUGAUCGAACGGCGUAUGAUGAUCGUGUUAAGUUCAGGGAUCCAAUUACUAAGCAUGAUAGCAUAAGUGGGUACCUCUUGAAUAUUGCUCUUCUGAAAGUUGUCUUCAGACCUGAGUUUUUCUUGCACUGGGUUAAGCAGACAGGACCUUAUGAGAUAACCACUAGAUGGACUAUGGUUAUGAAGUUCAUGCCGCUUCCAUGGAAACCAGAGUUGGUUUUCACAGGAACAUCAGUGAUGGGCAUUAAUCCAGAGAAUGGGAAGUUUUGCAGCCACUUGGACUUUUGGGAUUCUAUAAAGAACAAUGACUACUUUUCUCUUGAAGGUUUAUGGGAAGUGUUUAAGCAGUUGAGGAUAUACAAGACUCCUGACUUAGAAACGCCCAAAUAUCUAAUACUCAGAAGAACCGCAAAUUAUGAGGUAAGGAAGUAUGAGCCAUUUGUUGUGGUUGAAACAAGUGGAGAUAGAUUAUCCGGGUCAACUGGAUUCAAUGAUGUUGCUGGGUACAUCUUUGGCAAGAACUCUAAAGAGGAAAAAAUAGCAAUGACUACACCUGUCUUCACUCAGGCAAAUGAUGCUGAACUUUCCAAAGUGUCCAUUCAAAUAGUUCUUCCAUCAGAGAAAGACUUAAACAGUUUGCCAGAUCCUAAUAAAGAGAACAUUAGCCUGAGAAAAGUGGAAGGAGGCAUUGCUGCAGUACUGAAGUUUAGUGGAAAACCAACUGAAGAUAUUGUUGCCGAAAAAGAGAAAUCAUUACGUGCAAGUCUUAUUGAAGACGGUCUUAAACCUAAGACAGGUUGUUUGUUUGCUCGCUACAAUGAUCCUGGCCGAACACAGAGCUUUAUGAUGACAAUUCUUUGUCGAUCUAUGUUUGUUUGGAAUGAAGAGGAAUGAGGUGCUAAUAUGGCUUGAAGAAUUCUCACUGGAAUAGAAAGUUACAAUCAGAAAAUCAAACUCUUUGGUUGCCACCAUUGUAUUCUCAGCAUUCGUGUGCCUUACGAAACUUACUGGGGCAGAUGUUCUGAUUCACAAAUUGUAAACAAAUCAAAACGUCUUUAGGGUAUCUGUGUUCAAAUGGUUAGGUACUUGCUGGUGCUAAUUUGUUUGGUUUCUUAUUAUCAAGUGCAUUUUUGUAGUUUAAACUUGUGAUAUAGUAUCAAGAUUACAACUUUAAUCAAAGUCUAAAACCUCUUCAUGAA